AAGAGGCAGCGCAGCAGCAGCAGAAAUCAGCAGCUGAAAACAUAUGAUUUUUGUUUGUGUUGUUGUUUUUGCGCGCGCUCUGUGAGCUGACAGAGAGAGAAAGAGAGCAAACGAGCUGGGUCGAAAGUGGAACAAGUGGGAAUCGAAACUACAAGUUCAAACUGUUGUUGCUGCUUAACCGUUAGACAGACUGUCUCCACUGGGGGAGCAACAGCUGACAGCUGACUUAAUCUGAGGAGAGCGAAAAAAGUGAAAGAAGCAGCACAGGCAAAGGUAUCCAAAGGUUCAAAGCAGGAAGAAGCCAUCACUUUAUCGCAUCUGCUGUUGUCUGCUUUUACUUUUUGUCCUCCAACUUUUGUUUGUUCACCCCCCCCCACACUCAGACAAUGUCCGCGGACUCGCCACGCCGUCAUCCAUCCGGCGUUGGCGGGGCCGGGGGGAUUGGUUUGCUCGGUGGUGGCGGCGGUGGUCAUCGGAUUGGAGGAAAUUCGGGAAUGCCAGUGCCAGCUACUGUUCCACCACAAACUGUAUCGGAUCGUUCCAUAUUGGACUCGGCCAUUGGAUUUAUCAAUGAUGUAACCCUGGCAGCCCAUCAGCCACAACAGGAUCCAAAGGAUACAAUAACUUGGGCACGUUUCGAGACCUGCGCAGAUGUGAGUGAUCCACGUUUUGGCGAUGAUUGGGAAUUGGAAGGUAAUGCUGCACCUCCGCUUUUACUUAUCCUUGGCUAUGGUCUGGGUGUACAAGUCUGGGCUAUUCCUGCCAAUGGUGAAGCUGUUGAGGUUCUAUCCUGGCGUCAUGGCGUUGUUACUGCCCUACGAGUUCUACCCACACCGACAGCGUCUUCCUCAUUGGAUGAAAAUGGGCGAGCCGAUGAGCCCGUUGAUUCAUUUGCCGAGAAACGGCCUCUGGUUGCUCUGGUUGAUGGCGGUAGUGCACCGUCUCUUGUUCUUGGAUCAGGUGCGGCCGGCAGUGGUGGACUUGGCGGUGUGGGCCUAGCCGGUUCUGGUUCAUCUAAUCCCCUGGGCGUUGGUGCUGGCAAUCAGUUUAGUGCUGUCAAUUUCGUUUCCCUUAAAACUGGAGUGCAAGUGAAGACGAUUAAAUUCAAAAAUGCUGUGCUUGACAUUCAGGCCAAUCGCUCGGCGGUGGCCAUAACGUUCCAUGAGAGAAUUGCAGUAUUUGAUGCCCGCACUCUAGAGGAUCGCCUAACCAUUACCACCUGCUAUCCUAGUCCUGGCAUUAAUCCCAAUCCAAUUGCCUUGGGACCACGCUGGUUGGCCUAUGCCGAGAACAAAUUGCUCCAUUCCAAGCGAAGUGGCGGCGGUUGUGAUGGCGAAGGUGUGCCCAGCUAUACGGCAACAGUUUUAAAUGCAGCCAAAUCCUUCGGCAAAGGUCUUCGCGAGUUGGGUGAACAGGUGGCAGCUGGUUUGACUGGCGGUAGUAGUGGCAACGGAGCCAAUGCCGGCAGUGGUACCAGCUCCAAAAGCGGAAGCUUCGAUUCGGCUAGUGGCGGUGCUGGCGAUUUUAAGCAAUCUGGAGUGGUAACCAUCAUAGAUGUGAAGCAUCCCAUUAAGGAUUACAGUCCCACAACGGGCACACCGCUUAGCUCAUUGGGCGGUCAUUGUGGUGCCGGUGCCAGCGAUCCGAUUGUGGCCCAUUUUAUAGCUCAUAGUGAGGCUCUGGUUGCCAUGGAAUUUGAUAGCUCGGGCAUGCUUCUACUAACUGCAGAUCGGCGUGGUCACGAUUUUCAUGUAUUUCGCAUACAACCACAUCCGGUGGGCUCAAGCCUGGCGGCAGUGCAUCAUUUGUACGUCUUGCAUCGCGGCGACACCAGUGCCAAGGUCCAGCAUAUAGCCUUCUCGCUAGACUCACGCUGGGCGGCCGUUUCAACACUGCGCGGCACCACCCAUGUCUUCCCUAUCACACCGUACGGUGGUGCCAUGGGCGUACGGACGCACACCUCCUUGCAUGUGGUGAAUAAAUUGUCGCGGUUUCAUCGCAGUGCCGGCCUGGGAGCAGAUGGCCGUUCCAGUUCGCCAAUAUCCCAUUCGGAGAGUACAACAUUUGUUCAGUCGCUGCAACCGUAUCAUAAUCCCACUUUGCCUCCAUUUCCAAGGCCAACGGUGGUGCAACCUCUGGCUCAACUGAGACAACCCUUUUCUUUGGGCUCACCACCGGGAUCCGGAGGUGGAGUUGCCGGCAUGAUGGGCGGAGACGGUUGCGCUGGUGUUGGCGGCCAUCACGGCCAUGCGAACGCCAGUCAUAGGCAACGACAGCGGCUUUCUUCCCUUUCCGAUGAUAGUGGCAAACCGUUGAGUGUCUGCUCAAUAUUCGCCAAAUCCAGAUCAUGGCUAUUAGAGCCACCAACGGCCACACGAGAAGCUCCGCAUCGGAUACAGCGAAAGGCGGUAGAUUCUCUGUUCGUUAUGGCCGGACAUGGUGCUCUUAUACAAUACGAUUUGGAUACAAAAUUAGCCUCAAAUGUUGCCAAAGAGAAAAUUUGCGAUGAUACCCCCAUUGAACUGGAGGUGGAGGCUAGAGCCCAAUGGAACUUGGGUCGUCGUAAGGAUGGAUCUCAUGAAAUUAUACCACCGUUGGCUAUGGAUAAUUGGCUUAUUAAGGAUCGUCAUCAUGCCAGCUUGCUAAUGGAUAGUCUGGCCAAUCAGUUCGAUGAGCCAGAUGAGCGGGCUGAAAGUUGGUUGGCCCAAGUGGAAAUUAUCACUCAUGCGGGACCGCAUCGUCGUCUCUGGAUGGGUCCGCAAUUUGUGUUUAAGAAUUACAACACUCCUAGCGGCUCCAAUUUGAAUCAUGUGGAUACGGAGGCUGUGGAAAUUGGUGUCACUAAAACAUCAACCACAACUUUACCUUCCACGGCAGCUGGUGGUGCAUCGUCAGGCUUGUUGGCUCCCGCCUCCUCGACAUCAUCCUCUUCCGUGGCUCAUAGCGAACGCUCAAGUCCAUUGAAUAUGCCUCUGAGUGGUGGCUCAGGUGGAACGGCAAAUGCUUCAAAUGUAACCGCGUCUGUGGCUGCAUCUGCGGUGUCAGGACGUUCGGGUGUUCCUGUUCUUAUUGAAUCUGGUUCAUACAGCAGCAUUGAGCAGAGUCCCAAGUUAAUGGAUAGAUUUCGUCAUGGUCAUUUAGAUUCCGAUUAUGGACAUGGUGAUAUGCGUCUAAAAGAGGAUCUAGCCGAUGCUAUGCGUGAGUCACCUUCAACUGCUGCAGCACGUCGCGAAACGACGGGCCAAAUGCCAGUGACGACGACGGCGACGGCGACCAUGACGACGACAGCAACAGCAACCACAACAACAUUAACAACAAUGACGAUGACGAUGACAACGUCGACAACUACGUUGUCCAAAUCGGAGGCAAUCAGCUCAUCCGCUGCAGCAUCCACUGAUAAUGUAUGCUAUUAUGAUGCCCUAACAGAGUACGAUGAUCAUGAGGAUCUUGAAGAUUCCACACAUCUGGCCAGUGCAGACGAGAGGCAAUCAAACGAUGAUUACCAAAUGGAGGACUAUCAUUUCAAAGUCAAAGGAGCCCCACAUUUUAGUUCCACUUUGGCAUCGGUAUUGCCCAAUAUUUGUAGCUUUGAGCAACAGCAGCAACAUCAGCAACAUCAACCAACCAAAAUUGAGAAAAUUGUUAAUCCUUUGGGAACCGUCACCGAUGUAAAUGCUGGCCUUAAGGGUGACCUACAAACGGAUAUAUUAGAUAAGGUCGUUUGUCAGUUAGCCAACGAAGAGACUGUGAUCCAUGAGAAUUGUGAUGAGGCAUUGUUUCGUCCGGUUGUAGCCAUAUUUUGUGAUGACCUAAAAGAGCAAAGAAAACACGAAAAGCAAUUGGAGGAAGAGAAAGCUUUGGCUGAGGGAGACAACCAGCGUAGGGGCGAUAAUGCCCUAAUUAAGGGCGGCAAUAGGGGGAAGCAGCAACCUCCCGUCGUUUUGGUCAACAAAUUGGUUGUUCCCGUUAUAGCCAAAGAGGUUGAUGAGGUUUUAGUUCAAAAGGAGAAGCAACAGCAGCAAAAGUCACACAAAUCACAACAAAGGAACCAAACACAAGCAGCAGCUGCAGCAGCAGCAGCAACAGCCGCAUCUGUUGCCAUGGCUGGCGAAGAUUUGGCCCAGGCCUUAAAAUUUGCCGAACUCUCGCAUUUGAAUAAGCCACAAAAAACUGCCGAAAGAAUUAUUAAGAAGGAUAAUGAGAAGCAGCAACAGCAAAUGCCAGAGGUGCUAGAGAAAUUCGAUGACUCGGUGAUUGCUUCUCCCGCUCCAGCUACCCCUGAAGUGGUGGUGAAAGAAGUUAAAAAGAAGGAGGAGAAAAUGGAAUCCUCAGCAUUGUUGGCUAGCAAAACAUCUACGAAGAAGUCCAAAGCCAAAUCGAAGGGUAAUCAGAAAGACAUUAAAAAAAUUUCUUUGAUAGACGUCGACAAGGAGGAAAAGGUUAACAAUAAUAAAAAAGACAAAGAAGAAGAUAAAGUUCUAGUAGUCGAAGCAAAAAGCUUAGACAAAAAGGAGCAACCUCCCAAGGAAGAUACUGAAAAGGAAUCGAAAAUCAAAAAAACCGAAUUGCAAUCAGAAACAGAUUUUGAUUUAGAGCUAGACUGUGAGGAUUAUGCAGAUAAUCUUUUGGCCAAUAAAACCAAUAUAGCUGCCCUUAUGAUAAGCAGUGCCACAGCCCAAGGUCUGAAUUUGCAAGUGGAGACCACAAGCAAUAGCAAAGCAGACGAAGAAGAAGAAAGCGAUAAUCGGGAAUUAGAAGAAGGAAGUGCAAUGCAAAUGGAUCGUAAAAAAGAUUUACAAAUUGAUCUAAAAGCCAAGUUAGUUGAUAAGCCAAUUGAAGCGGCUGCUAAGGAUACUAAAGAUGAUGACACAAUGAAAAUCUAUAAGGUAAAAGUCAUUGAGGAGGAUGUUAAGAGAUCUUCGCCAUCUAAAACGGCCAUUAAGAUUAGUAGCAGCAGCAGCUGUAGUCCAUGGCGUCAGUCGCUAGCCCCAAAGAGUUCCAUUCAAUCGAAUGAAGAAUAUCCCAGUUUGGCACCAAAUCCCACCACCAAGAAAUUGCCAGCAAGAUCGGAAAAUUUUCAUGAUUUUCUUAAAACUUUGCCACCAUUGCCUGCCUUAGAGCCCUUGGAAAUGGGAGAUAUGGUAGAUUUGGAACUGAAUGUGGAUGAUAUACCGUCUUCACCGGCGCCAUCAUCAUCACCAACGUCAUCAUCAGCAGCAGCAGCUGGAGCAGCCGAAGCAAUAACACCACCAACCGGAUCAGGAUCAGCCAUGAGUCUCAUCAAUUUCGAGAGUCCUCUGCAAGAGCAGAAGGAGAGCUUAAGUCGUAAGAUAACACCGCCGCCUCGUGGAUUUACUGAACAAAAUUUAAUAUUCGCCUUGUGUGGAUCGCUGCACUAUGAAAAUGAGCAGCAAAUAAUUGAGGCUGCUGCUGGCUCCAAUUUGAAUUCGCACACGAACUCGAACUCCAAUUCAAAUUCAAACUCAAAUACGAAUACAAAUACGAAUUCAUAUACUCAUUCAAAUACUUCAUCCGGUUCGGAGGAAAUCAUACUUAUGGAAGAGUCCAUAAGUUCUAACAAAAAGUUGAGUAAAAAGCAAAAACGUAAACAACAAAAAGCCGAAGCGAAAGCAGCAGUCGAAGCCGAGGAUCAGGCUGAAGAUGAGGAACUGCGUCCAUUGAUAAGCAUUAGUAUGUGUGAUUCUCAAAUGGAGAUGAGCACAAAGAUCAAGGAUCAUAUCAGAGACGGCACUGACGAUGAUGGUGAUGAUGGGAAUGAUGAAAAUGUUAAGCAUGAGCGGAAUUUAAAUCAAUCACUGCCCGAAGAUUUGCUGCACUUUGGCAGCAGCGGAGUUGCUCUAACCAGUGCAACCAAUAUCAAUACAACCACCAUCACCACUAGCACCAUCACCACUAGCACCACCACCACCACCGCCAGCAGCAGCAGCAUCAUUAACCCCAAUGCCACCACAAAGGAGGAUAGCGAAGAUCCAUUGCCUGCCACCACAUCCGAUGAUAAUCUCAUCUUUAGUUUAUCGUCCAGUAAUCAUCAUCAUAAUACCACGCCACAUAAAUUGAAAACCAAGAAAUUGGAGCAUAAAAUCAAUUUAAUUGCGGCCAUUGAGGCGGCCACCUCGUCGUCGACAUCAUCGGCCGAGGAGAGCAGUGUGGAAACAUCAUCCAAUCCGGUUAAUAGCUUAGCCGACAUUCUGCCAUCUGUCUUGUCCUCAUUGCCAGCCUCAUCUUCCACAUCGUCAUUGUGUACGGCUCAAACGCAGGCCACUCAUUUGAAUACAUCCUCAACUGCAUCCGGCGGGCCAGGAGGAGUCUUGGUGGGGCUCGGUGGUAUGCCACUGGGGGGUGGUAUUGGCAGUGUUGGCGUCAGCAUGGGCAUGGCCGGCCAGACGAGUGCCACAAAAAAGAAGACAAAGCGACGAAAAAGAUAAGAAUUAGCAAUUUGUUUGUUGUCUGUCUUUUGUCUCAUUGUCAUAUGGCAUUUAUAUGCGAAUCAGCAACAGCCGCAACAAGAGACUUCACAGCAGCAGCCACAGCCACAGCUACAACAACAACCACAGCAGCAGCAGCA